AUGGAUCCCCGUGUAACACUCCACCUUGGCGAUGGAGUUGCAUUUUUGAAGGCUGUGGCCGAAGGAACUUAUGAUGCAAUUAUAGUAGAUUCUUCUGACCCAAUAGGUCCCGCACAAGAGCUUUUUGAGAAGCCUUUCUUUGCAUCAGUGGCAAAGGCUCUUCGUCCUGGUGGGGUUGUAUGUACCCAGGCUGAAAGCAUAUGGCUUCACAUGCACAUUAUUGAAGACAUUGUUGCUAACUGCCGCCAGAUUUUCAAAGGCUCUGUCAACUAUGCAUGGACCACAGUCCCUACAUACCCAAGGCAUGCACUUUGA